AUGAAGACAUUCUCUCAAGUGACGUUGCUCGUGCUGCUUGUCUUUGUCGUCAUCACAGGCGUUUACUUGUUCUUUCAGAGCGCACCCAAAGCUGUGUUCACCGAGUGCGAGUCUAUUUCCAUAUCAUACGUGAUUCGCGGCGUUUUACCUACGUGGCUAAAUGGGCGCAAUGAUAAGAUGGGUACGGUACAGGGGCUUUGGCAGUGUGCUAGUCAGUAUCGUGAGCUCCACUCGACUUUCGUGCUUGCAAGCUUCUGUAUCGUCUACAUUGCCUUGCAAACCUUUGCAAUCCCUGGUCCUAUUGUUCUGAGCAUUCUGUCUGGGGCUAUGUACCCAUUUUUUCAAGCCCAAAUUUUAGUUGCCUUUUGCGCUACAACAGGAGCCUCACUAUGCUUUAUGCUGUCUUACUUUUUGGGUCGCGGAGUCUUCAGCAAAGUUCUGGCAGGGAUGAUUCGACGCUUUAGUGAGAAGAUCGCCCAAAAUCGGAGUAAUCUUUUCUACUACUUGUUGUUUCUGCGACUCACGCCUUUGCUUCCAAAUUGGUUUGUCAAUAUUGCUUGCCCACUUGUGGGUGUACCGUUCAAGUAUUUUUUUCUGGCCACCCUCAUCGGACUAGUCCCGGCAAACUUCUUGCACAUUUCGACAGGUGCAACCCUCAACAAUGCCGCCGAGGCUUCAAGUGGAAGCAACGCAGUCAGUUUCGCUGCGCUCUUUUUAUUGCAGUUUGUUGCCCUGUUGCCUACACUUUUCAAGGGCAAGAUCGAGAAGUUCGAGAAAGAAGCGUUUGAAAUGAAAGAUAAAACGAAGUAG